AUGACCUCCUCUGUUCAGUACAAAAAGGUGCCGAAAAGCAUGGAUGGUGUGCCCAGCGGUGGAACCAGUGGUGGAACCAAUGGCAGCCCCAAUGGGAAUGGCCCCAGUGGGGAUGGCAGUUCCAAUGGCAGCCCAGGCUACGCCUGGGCCAAUCCCUCAGAAGCAGACGCCGCCGGCCAUAUCAUCGAUACAAGGCCCCAAUACAUCAAAACUAUACAAAAUAGCAUACGAAUCCUAAAGAAGUACGCCCGGUUCGUGGGGCCGGGACUCAUGGUUUCCGUCUCCUACAUGGACCCAGGUAACUUCAGCACCGCUGUGGCAGCCGGAUCUGCCCACAGGUACAAGCUAUUGUUCUCGGUGCUUGUCACAAACAUUCUAGCAGCAUUUUGGCAGUGUUUGUGCGCCAAGUUGGGCGCGGUCACGGGACUCGACCUAGCCCAGAAUUGCAGAAAACACUUGCCUCCAAACCUCAACCUACUAUUGUACAUACUCGCAGAAGUAGCUAUCAUCGCUACAGACCUUGCAGAAGUCGUCGGUACCGCCAUCUCCCUCAACAUUCUAUUUAAAGUACCGCUUCCGCUAGGCGUCAUCCUCACCGUCAUCGACGUCCUAGUUGUGUUGAUCGCAUACAGGCCAAACGGAUCCUUGAAACUCGUGAGAUGGUUCGAGGCAUUCGUUUCGUUGCUCGUCUUCGCUACCGUCGUGUGCUUCGCAAUAGAACUAUUCUCUGUGCACAUCGAAUCAGUAGGCGAUGUAUUCAAAGGAUUCUUGCCCUCAAAAGCCGUCUUCGAAGGAGACGGUUUGUACCUCAGUUUGGCUAUCUUGGGUGCAACAGUUAUGCCCCACAGUUUGUACUUGGGCUCGGGCGUCGUCCAGCCAAGAUUAAGAGACUACGAUAUCAAAGAAGGGAAUUACCAUCCUUCCCAAAACGAUGAGGACAACAACCACGACAACUAUAAACCUUCCAUUGAUGCCAUCCACGACACAUUGAACUAUACCGUCGCAGAAUUGUUAGUCUCUCUAUUCACCGUAGCAUUGUUCGUUAAUUGCUCCAUCCUUAUCGUCUCAGGUGCAACCCUAUACGGUGUCACGUCCAACAACGCCCAGGAGGCAGACUUGUUUACCAUCUACAAUUUGCUCUCGGAUACUCUCUCGAAGACCGCAGGUACCAUAUUCGUUUUAGCUCUAUUGUUCUCGGGUCAAUCUGCAGGUAUCGUGUGCACACUAAGUGGGCAAAUGGUCUCAGAAGGGUUUUUAAAUUGGACCGUUGCCCCGGCCCUCAGACGUGCCUUAACCCGUGUUGUGGCCAUCACUCCAUGUUUGAUCUUGGUCUUGGUUGCAGGCAGAAACGGGUUGUCUGGAGCUCUAAACGCCUCACAAGUCGUCCUUUCGCUAUUACUCCCUUUCGUCAGUGCCCCACUAAUAUACUUUGCAAGCAACAAACACAUCAUGAAGGUCCCCUUAACAAUAGACUGCUCCCAAGAUUCUUCAAAUUCAUUUACGUUGCAAGACUUAUCACUUAACAAUGUGGAUAGCUCAUCUCCAGCCCCAACAGACUCUACUCUUCUGCCGCAAGAAACCGGAGAUGAUGAAGUUGAUACCAAUUCUCGUAAUAACGAGGUGCCAUUGACUAAUAAUAAUAAUGAGCCCAUCCAAUAUAAAGAUUUCAGCAACAGUAUCCCAACUACCAUCAUCGCCGUAGCAGUAUGGUUAUUCAUAUCUGGAUUAAACUUUUAUCUACUCAUAUCAUUUUCUAGCGGACAGGACGUCCAUCUCUAG